UCAACACCUUGAUAAGAAUCACUGGUUCGCGUACUUAUUUCGCCUCCAGUGUCUACAGGUCCAAUUUCUGGGCCCUCGUUGUUUCCUCUUCCUUUGUCUUUUUUUUUUUUUUUUUUUCUGUGAACCACAAUGAAUUCCACUUUGGCACCGAUCACCUAUUGGGGUCAAUUCGAAGAGAUUGGCCAAUAUAACCCCAGUCUGAAUGUCCCGGAGCGACUCUGGGCAGCAUGGUAUGCCUGGAUGCAGAACGAUGUGCUGGCCACCGGUAUCAUGUCUUUCGUCAUGCACGAGAUGGUUUACUUCGGCCGAUCGCUGCCAUGGAUCUUCAUCGAUAGCAUGGGUCUUUUCAACCGAUACAAAAUUCAGAACAACAAGAUCCCUUCGCUGCGGGAACAAUGGGAUUGCGCCAAGUUUGUGCUCUUGAGUCACUUCACCGUCGAGUUACCUCAAAUUUGGCUUUUCCACCCCAUGGCUCAGUUCUUCGGCCUCUCUACCUCGAUUCCUUUCCCCUCCCUUUGGACCAUGGCCUACCAGAUCGCGAUUUUCUUUGUGAUGGAGGACGCUUGGCACUACUUUUCUCACCGCGCUCUCCACUGGGGCCCGCUCUACAAGGCCAUUCACAAGAUUCACCACCAGUACUCGGCUCCUUUCGGAUUGGCGGCCGAAUAUGCUUCUCCUAUUGAGGUUAUGAUUUUGGGUUUCGGAACUGUCGGUUGCCCGAUCGUCUGGUGUGCCUUCACCGGUGAUUUGCACAUUCUUACUAUGUACAUCUGGAUUGUGCUGCGCCUCUUCCAGGCCAUCGAUGCCCACUCCGGUUACGAGUUCCCCUGGAGUCUGCACCACUUCCUGCCCUUCUGGGCCGGUGCCGAUCACCACGAUUUGCACCACGAGAAGUUCAUUGGCAACUACUCGAGCAGCUUCCGCUGGUGGGACUACCUUCUCAACACUGAGUACAGCCCGGAUGCUCUGAAGAAGCGCCGGGAGGCGAAGAAAGCUCAGUGAGCAAGUGGGACCUUUGCAUUUUUGGCCUUUUGAGUUCGCUCGGUUAGAGCUAACUGGUUCUUUUCUUCCCCACCCAUUUUGCCUUACUGUGAAUCUCCUUUACGGGUGUUCACUCGGUUUUAGACAGCAUUGCUGUGACGGCUCUGUAUAGAGAUGGCUUAUCAACGUUUUAAUGUACCUUACUAAUAUUACGGUGAACUUCCAUUCAUCCAAUCAUAAAAUAUGCAUCACCAUGAAGACUGGUGUAUCAAUAAAAAUCAAAUUUC